AUGAGUUCCCUGACCUCUGACCCUAACCAGACAGAGAACAUCAACACCAUCAUCCGACCCCCUUACUUCUUCAUCAGUGGUUUCAUAGCCAUCCCCCACAUGAAGUACUACUACGUCUUCCUCUGUUUUGUAUACAUCAUCUCUCUGGUUAGUCCAUAGCUCUGGUCCAGGGUGUUACUAACUAGCUCUGGUCCAGGGUGUUACGUGCGGCCAGCAUCAGCUAGUUGGUCCAGUUGAUAAAACUCAAAAGUUGUUCACUUUCCUAUAGAAGUAAAAUUUAAGAAAACAUAAUAUACAUUUCAGCUGAACUAUGUUGGGGCCUAUAGCACAACCCAUAGUCACUGGCCUAAUGCAUGUACCUGUAUUUCCAUUUUGGUUCAUUUCUGCUGUGUGUGUGUGUGUCUGUGUGUGUGUAUUGGGUCUAGGUGAGCAACGCCUUCGUCAUGACUGGCAUCUACGUGGACCGUAGUCUCCACAGGUAAUCAGACCUCUUUUAUCUCAUUAACAUAAUACAGUAUAAUACUUCCUUCAUAGACAUGUGUGGGAACACGUCCUACUCCCCAAUCUCCUUUACAUGACAUUUAUAUUAAUAUUAUUAGAUAUUUAUGUUAUGAUCUUACCUUACAGCCCCAAGUACAUUGCUGUGUUCAACCUGGCCUUCACAGACUUGUGUGAGAGCACGGCCCUGGUCCCCAAGAUGCUGGAUAUGUUCCUGUUCAGCAGACAGCUCAUCUCCUACGACCAGUGCCUCACUAGCCUCUUCUUCAUCUUCCUCUUCCUCACCAUGCAGUCCUUCAACCUCACCAUCCUCUCCUAUGACAGGCUGGUGGCCAUCUGUUGCCCACUCAGGUCUCAGAUAAUAAAUCAAAUCAUAAACUAAAUUAAAAUUCAAAAAGCCUACAUUAUGUGACCCUUAUGGGAUAAAUAACGUAUUUUUAAUUGAAUGAUUAGAUUUAUUUGACAAUUUAUUCAAAAUUAUUUUGAAAAAUGUAUUAAAUAAAAAAUAUGUUUUAACACACCAUAUGUAUCCAUAUGGAUACACUGUAUAUAUAGAAGGAUAUAGUUACCUGGCAGCGGAGCCACCUUCAUCACAGAGGUUUACCCAGGGUGAGGCUUGGCCAUUGCACUCGGGCCGUGCUGACUCCUGCAAGUUCCCCAAAUGUGGGAAUCUCGACUGAAUAAUUAUAAAACCAUUGAGGAUAAUAACACGAUAAAGUUGAACAGAUGAUUAUUUCCCACAGAGAUCCUAUUAAAUUACUAGAGGGGCUAUGUCAUCAACCCUCAAAGUUCCAUUCUAGUGUUCUUUCCAGGUACCACAUGAUGGUGACUCACAGGUCCAUGCUCCGGCUGACUGGGGCUGCCUGGACGUUUGCUGUGUUGAUGGUGUUGAUCUCUGUGGGCCUCAUCACCCGCCUCUCUUUCUGUAGGUUAGUAUGUACCAUGUUGUAGUGCAAUGACUCUACAGCAAAGCAUAGCUUCUGUGAAUAUAGCUUAAUCUGAUCAAUCAAAUCAAACUUUAUUUCAAGUGCAUUUAAAAUUGCAAAACACUUCACAGUAAACCAAUAAAAUGAAGGAGAUUAAAAAAAACAGAAUGUUAUGUUGUUGUUGUCAAUUGUCAGGUUGUUGUAAAGGUUAAAUUUAAAUGAUGUCUUUGACUCAGUGCUGUAAAGUUGAUGGCUCAAUGUUGUCAUUAACUCAGUUCCUCUUGAAUGUGAGACUAAUUCCAACAGAUAAGGAGGUGAACCUGUAGCCGAAAGGUCACGGGUUUGUAACCCUGGAGAAAACAUGAGCAGAAGACACAUUUCUGUUGUUCGCUCUGAUAUCUGGACAAUGUAUUGUAUUGUAGGUCUCUGGUGAUCAACAGCUACUUCUGUGACCACGGUCCCCUGUUCCGUCUGGCGGCCCCCUGUUCUGAUGUGGUCCCUAACCUGAUGAUGGCGUAUAUCAAUCCCUGUGUAGCCCUCUAUCUCCCCAUGGUCUUCAUCAUAUCAUCCUACAUCUGUAUCACACACGCCCUGUUCACCAUCACAUUGCCCCAGGACAGGUGAGAAGUAAUCCAGAUUGGUAUCAGUAAGUCAAGUCAAGUCAUUAAGUAGCCUUGUCCAAGCCAAAACGGCCCAUAUACUGAUUGGUGUGAGGCCUCAGAAAUAUGUUGUUAGAGUGAUGGACUUGUUAGAGUGAUAAAUGCUGGGAAAUAUUGAGAAUACAAUUAAACUUACUGGAUAGAUGAUCACAUACUGUAUAUAUGUAGGUAUACAUACAUACAUACCUCUCUCCCUCCACCUCUCUCUCUCUCUCUCUCUCUCUCUCUCUCUCCCUCUCUCUCUCUCUCUCUCUCUCUCUCUCUCUCUCUCUCUCCCCUUCCCAGACUCAGAGCCAUUAAGACAUGCAGCUCACACCUAAUACUGGUUGCCAUAUUCUACUUGCCUGUUAUUUUAACAUACGUCCUCCAAACCCUCGUACCAACCAACGCCCGGAUCAUCAAUCUCUCCCUGACCUCGGUACUGCCACCCAUGCUCAACCCCAUCAUAUACGUUCUGAAGACGGAGGAGUUUAAGGUAUCGGCCAAGAAGCUAUUCAGAAGAGGGGCCCAGAGAGCUGUGGCGCCGGUGAAAUUAACAUGA